AUGUCUAGUGAUCAUGAUGAUACAAUACCCCUAUUAUCCGAUAGUAUUCCAGAGAAUCCUAUAAGGCUUCCGGAACAAGAGCUACAACGAAAGGAAUCAGCGCAACCUGCGGUGAGCAAGAACCUGCAAGCAAAUAGAUCUAUUUCCAAGAUAAACCAAUCGCCAAAAAUUGGGCUUCAGAGGACAAGUAGAACAACACAAAAGUUGAAAUUAUUACCCGAGGAUCCACCUAAUUUAGCUGACGAAAAUGACGAGGAAGUUUACUCGCAGGUGACCAGGAUAAAGGACACACCAGCCCGUAAAGAUGCUGAGACAUUGGGAAAGCUGCAGCGAGACCUUUUGCCGCGUGUUACAGCCUACUGUACUUGCGGGUCGUAUAAAAUGAAAGACUUGUUGAGGUGGUUGAAGGACCGAAAGCGUAUACAUAACACGAAUCCGAAGUUGUUUGACGAGUGUUUGUACACCCCAUUUACGUAUAAGGAUUGGCGAAGUGAGCAUGUUAGCCAAGACGACCAGCAUCAUUUUAUAAGGUUGGCAGACGAAGGUGGUGAAAUUGACAUUGGGAAGAGAAACGAUAUAUUUAUCUUUGAAUACGGGGUCAUUAUCAUGUGGGGGUACACUCCGAAGGAAGAAGCAGCAUUUUUGGAAGAUUUGGCCAAAUUCGAAAGCGAAAAAUUAUCGGCAGAGGAUAUUCAGGUCGAAGAAUUCAACUACUACAUCACAAAGUCGUACCAGCCCCGUAUCUACAACGACUUCAUCACCAUCAGGGACGACUCAAACUACAUGUUGAAACUCUCAAUCUCGCACGCCUUGGCACAAUCAGUGAAGAUAUCUUUAUUCGAAGAAUUGGUUGACAACACAAUCGAAGACACCGAAGACAUCCCCCAACAAAUUGCCCAAACCGGUAAAGUCGAAAUGACAAAAGACGAAAUAAUGAAAUCCAUCGGUGAACUAUUCAUCCUUCGUAUUAAUAUCAACUUGCAUGGCUCCGUCUUGGACUCUCCAGAGUUAAUGUGGGCCGAACCUCACUUGGAGCCAAUCUACCAGGCUACCAGGGGUUAUCUUGAAAUUAACCAGAGAGUCGAACUCUUGAACCAGCGACUCGAAGUUAUCUCCGACUUGUUACAGAUGUUGAAAGAACAAUUGGGCCACUCACAUGAAGAAAAUUUAGAGUUUAUUGUUGUAGUUCUUGUUGCUGUUGAAGUGCUAGUUAGUAUUAUUAACAUCAUGAUAGAUAUAUUAACCUAUUAA